AUGCAGCAAACAUCGUAUGGAAUCAAGACGGAUACUCAUGCAAUAAGGGCCCAUAGACACGCUGCAAGCAUUAAGCGCUGGCUUUCGCCUGCCGACCCUUCUACCAAUGUCAAUCAUGCAAGGAAAUCUCGGCACACUGGAACUGGAAUAUGGUUCCUUGAUAGUGAUUCCUUUACUGAGUGGAAGCUCGGUCUGCGUAAACAUCUAUGGCUUUAUGGAAUGCCAGGAUGUGGCAAGACAGUACUCAGUGCUACCAUCCUUGACCAUAUUGAGCAGAUGAAAGACUCGGUAACGCUCACUUUCUUUUUCGACUUCACCGAUAUUCGAAAGCAGAAAUUGGAUGAUAUGCUACGCUCGCUUGUAUUCCAGCUCUAUAGCUCACAGCCGGGGUCUCAAAAAGACCUCGAUAGCUUGUUUACAUCCUAUAAUAAUGGGCAAAGGCAACCAGACACUGAUAUCUUGUCUAUAUGUCUAAAAAGCAUGAUGCGGGCUUGCAAGAAGCUUUUUAUUGUGCUAGACGCCUUGGAUGAGUGCUCAGAGAGGAGUUUGCUGCUGGCAUGGAUGGGAGAAUUUAUCCCUGCUCUCUCGCACAUUCAAAUUAUAGCAACAGGUCGGCCCGAAGAAGAAAUUGAGCGUAAUUUUCACGAAUGGGUUGGGGAAGGAGCUUGCCUUCUUCUGAAUAAGAAGUGUGUGGACGCCGACAUUCGUUCCUAUAUCCGGGCCCAACUAGACCAGGGUGGACGUUUUAAAAGGUGGGCCGCAUCUCCAGAUAUACUGAGGCAAAUCAAGGAUGCAAUCGAAAGCAAAGCGGAUGGAAUCCUCGAAGGCUGUCUGGACCUUAAGGAAAUCGAGGCUACCCUUCACUCUCUGCCGGAGGACUUAAACGCAACAUAUGCCAGAAUCCUUGAGAAGAUCCCAGUAGGACGCAAGAAGAAGGCAAUACGCUUGCUACAAUUCCUGGUCUACUCAAAACGGCCGUUGACACUCGGUGAAGCUAUUGACGUGGUAGCGAUACGCCCCGAUGACGGAUUGUUUGAGGCAAGAUAUCGACUUCGACAUCAACGGGAUAUCGUAUCGUACUGUCCUGGCUUAGUGUCACUAGUGCAGGCCUCGGAACAUAGCGGAGCAAUGGAAGUACAACUGGCUCAUUUCACAGUGAAGGAGUAUCUUAUGGGUUAUGAUGGGGCGGACUUCACUAAACCGGAUCCUAAGGCUACUAUUACGCUAACAUGCCUAAGCUACCUGGGAAGCCUGCAAGCAGACAAGAUACCUAUCAUGAAGAUACCUGCUAUAAGGACACGAUUUCCAUUGGCAAGGUAUGCAGCAGAGACAUGGAUGGAGUAUGCCAAGGGUGCCGAAAGUUCCAGAUUCGUCGUGCAGGCGGCAACAGCGUUUCUUCGAGAUGAGUUCAAGUUUAGUCUUUGGGCUAGAUUGUUCAACCCUGAGGAGCCGUGGGAUGACGACCCAGGUGAGCCUAAAGCACUUCCGCUUUAUUUUGCAUGCCUUCAGGGUCUGAAGGUGACUGCAGAAAAUUUAGUUUCAAGUGGUGCAGAUAUAAAUGCUAAGGGUGGAAAGUGUGGUACCGCGCUCCAGGCCGCUUCAGGAGAAGGCUACCAGGAGGUCAUCAAGCUAUUACUUUCUAAGGGGGCUAAAGUCAAUGCUCAAGGGGGAGAGUAUGGUACCGCGCUCCAAGCCGCCUCUUAUGGAGGUCACCGGGAGAUCAUCAAGCUUUUGCUCUCUGAAGAGGCAGAGAUCAACGUCGAGGGGGGGAAGUAUGGCACCGCGCUUCAGGCUGCUUGCCACGGAGGUCAUCUACCGGUCGUUGAGUUGCUGCUCGCCAAUGGAGCGCAUGUGAACGCCGAGGGUGGGUGGUAUGGCAGUACGCUCCAGGCUGCUUCUCACGGAGGUCACCUACCGAUCGUUGAGUUGCUGCUCGCCAAUGGAGCGCAUGUGAACGCCGAGGGUGGGUGUUAUGGUACCGCAAUCUAUGCCGCCUCUCACGAAGGCCACCUAGAUACUGUGGAGCUGCUGCUUGCUAGGGGGGGCUAA